AUGGUGUGNGUUAUCGGCCUUAAGCCCAUCUACAAAGCUACUGGACCCGAUGAAGUGCCGGCAUGGCUCCUCCAAGAAAAUGCCGACCUAUUCUCCCGGCCAAUUGCUGAUAUCAUGAACAAAUCCUUUCAAGAUUCCAAGCUACCUCAAUCAUGGAAGGACGCAGAUAUAGUGCCCAUACCCAAGCAGAAACCCAUACAUGAUGUAAACAAGCACCUUCGUCCAAUACCGCGGACUCCUGUUCUGUCAAAGAUCGCAGAGGACUACAUCGUGGAGUAUAUUAAACCUGCUGUGCUUGCAAAGGUAGAUGAACACCAAUUUGGGACGGUAUCAAAGUCUAGCRCUACACUAGCCCUGAUCAGCAUGGUCCACUCGUGA